CUGAAGACGGACUAUGGACGUGAGUCGCGGGCUGGAGCCUCUGCCGGUGUCCGUGUGGCCGCGGUUGGAGGAACUUCCGGCUUUCCAGUACAGUCCCGAUCAUGUGCCUGGACCUGGAGGCAAACCAGACCCAUCUGAGAUCUCCUUCUCUGGAUGCAGCUGUGGUUCUGCUUCCUGCGUGGCCCCAACAUGUUCUUGUCUUCGCUAUGGAGAAAAUUAUAAAAACUUAUCCAUUGAGACGGAAGGAAGUGAACUGGGAUUUUCAAAGCCUAUUUUUGAAUGCAACGCUAUGUGCCACUGUGGAGAAAUGUGUCAAAAUAGAAUAGUUCAACGGGGCUUACAAUUCCAGCUUGAAGUAUUCAAGACCACUGAGAAAGGGUGGGGUCUUCGCACCCUGGAAUUCAUACCCAAAGGACGAUUUGUGUGUGAAUAUUCUGGGGAAAUUCUAGACAUUAAUGAAGCACGUAAAAGGACUCAGUUGCAGACAUCGAGCGAUUCAAAUUACAUUAUAGCAAUUAGGGAACACUUGUACGAUGGGACGACAAUAGAGACUUUUGUAGACCCCACAUAUAUCGGCAAUGUUGGUAGAUUCCUGAACCACUCCUGUGAGCCCAACCUCUUUAUGGUGCCUGUCCGAAUAGAUUCAAUGGUGCCUAAGUUAGCACUUUUUGCUGACCGUGACAUCUGUGCAGGUGAAGAGCUUUCAUACGAUUAUUCUGGAAGGUAUCGUAAUUUUUUGCCCAUAGAAGAGCAAGGCAGCAAACAAGAAGGGACAGAAUCAAAGAAACCUUGCUUUUGUAGAACUAAAUCAUGUAUAGGUUUCUUGCCUUUUGACAGUUCUUUAUUCCACAAAGAUGGUAUGAGAAAGUAAUGCUGAGGGAAAAGUCUGAAGGUGAAAAGAGCAGCUGGGUGAAUGUCCAGAAGUGAUAAAAUCAGCCUUAAAUACACAUAUCCCCACACACAAAAUGCAGAGGUGUUUGUUAAAGGUGGCUGAAUGAGUUUGUUUAUGCACUGAUGAAAUAUUUUUCCAUUCAGAACAUCAGUUGUAACAUGAAAUAUGUCAGUAUCAGAUAAGUUGUAAAUACUGUAUCAAACAGAUUGGUUGAAAUCUUGCCCUGAAGAAUGUGCAAGAAGUGAUAAUGGAAUAUCAAGAGAUAUUGGGACAUAUCUCUUGGGUGAGCUACCCUUUUUCCUUUCAAGCCAUAUUGCCUUGUGGUGGGUUGGGAUCAUUAAAUCAACCUGUAACAAUUCUCUCAUUGCCAUGGGAUUCUGCUAAGAAGGAGUUAUCCUCACAUGUUCUUUUUUUCAGUAGGGUGAUGUUCCCAGUCUUCAAAUAAUUUCAGGAUUAGGCAACAUCGUACUAGGGCAGGCGUGUCAAACUAAAGGCCUGUGGGCUGGAUCCGGCCCGCUGGGUGCUUAGAUCCGGCCCACGGGGCCAGAUCUGGAAACAGCAAAGGACCAGCCUACGGUGCCUCUGCCAGUGAAAAUGGAGCUGUUUUCACUGGCAGAGCGCUCAAGCGACCACAGGCGCCCCCGACACAAGUGACAUCGAGCUGGCCAUGCCCACCCUGGCCAUGCUCACCUCCUCCCUGAUGCAGCCCUCAAAUGAAAUCGAGUUUGACACCCCUAUACUAGGGGGAGAGGCUACAAUUGUGCUCUUUUCCCCACAAUAUAAUUCCACAAUACAGAGAAGGAGGGGUUUUUAUGUGAAUGGGGGGGGGAGGAGAGCCAAUGUGCACUUUCUGGUUGCCAUUUCUUUUGUUAAUACUUAUGGUUAUGCCCAAGGAUUGAUAAUAAAGUUAUUGACUGCAUAUCA